AUGGGAGAUAGGCUGAAGCAAAUACGAGAAAAGUCCAAACUUCGUCGACAGAUUCUUGCACAGCAGGUCGGUUUUACACAUUUGGCAUUGUUUCUAGUCGGCAUGGAUAGGGGAAAACUUGUCAUUCGUAGCUGUUUUAUUCAUAUCACGUUCUCUCCGCAGACACACUCUAGUCUCUCACGCAGUCGUUACCUUUUAUAGGGGACCGAUACUCGCUCAGUAAGGGAGAAAACAACAUAACUACACGCGAAAAAUGACGAGUUUAAUGCUGGACAACGUGGCGAAUUCAUACUAACGCAAGUGUCGAAUGAGAAAGAACGUCACUCAUCAUUGCUUUGUUUUUCAGCACACAUUGUAAUUUUCAGGGUUCGCAAGCAAGUCCUUGAAUUUUAAAUUAAAUAUUCAAGGCCUUAAAAUUCCUUGAAAAUUGCAGUUGGAGCUGGAAAGUCCUUGAAAUUCACCGCUAACUUUAUAGUUUAAGUGAACUCCAAAGAGAAAGGAGCAAACACAGAAAGACAUUAGGGAUAAAAUUACUCAUGUUGUGGAAGAAGUAAAAAAAACAUAGACUCAGGGCCUCUUCACAUGAGCCCGAUUGACCAGGCUGUUCUGGUUUCCAAGAUCUCGCCUUACCUUAGCUUUAAAUACUUUGUAAAUUUUCGAUGUGUUCAUAUGAGAGAGCGGGCCGGCUUUGUUUCCGAGAUCUCGCUUGGAAAAACCAAGAUAUUGGUGAGCGAGCUGGAAAUUUUACCAUAUGAACACUUCAGCCCAGUUACUGGAAUGAAUGCAGAAUGAUUUCUGGCAGUCCGGAUCGCAUCCUCUUGCAUAUUGCUUGCUAUAUUUUCCACAUCAUAAGCAUCCCAUAACAUUGUAACUGCAGUGAUACAGCUUUAAGAGUUGCGGAAGCUAUGAUAGGGGCGAAAGUUAAAUUUUUGUGUUUUGCCAUGUUUGCUUUGCUUUUCUAAUUUAGCACCAGAACUCGUCCCCUGGAUCUUUGGCCUUUUCUCGUCUCAGAAACUGGGCUGAAAUUUCCCAUAUGAACCCAAGGCAAAGUUCAUCCCAGUAACCAGGCCAGCCCGGUCAACUGGGUUCAUGUAAAAAGGCACUCAAGAAGAGAAGGGAAAUUUUGUAUCUCCCAGCAGCCAUGUAAUACUCCAAUGUUCCAUGUUUUAUAUGUAAACACCAAUGAAAUACAAAACCAUUUCACUUUCAUAGUCUUUUGCUGUGAAAGGUGCAAAUUACUAUGUAACAGCCAUAGCAAGGGUGAUAUUUUAUGUGUUAAGAUAACAUGUUACUAACUGUAUUUAUUCGAUGAAACGCCUCCUGCAUUUAUUAAAUUUUCAGCAUUUCGGAUGUCAGUGGCGUUCACUCAAGGCUGGCGUUUGUUUCAAAAUCUUUUUUCUGAAGUGAUGUUUUCAUAUGAAAGCUCACCUGGUAUUUUAUUGGACUUUGUUUGAUCAAGUCGCCUGAGAGUCAUCUCACCCAAGGUUAUAUUGCCCGAAACCAGAGUAAUGUUGCCCAAAUUUAUAGUCAUGUUGCCUGCAGAAAUUUUAUUGAGUGUAUAAAAAAAGGAGGUUCUGUUCACAGGGUAGAAAAAAGUGUAUAAUUUUUCGGAAGGAGAGAAGCGACAACCGGAAAUACGUCUGCUGUUCACAGGCUACUAAACCCAGUAACAAUAAUUUUUUUUCUUUAAGCUGGGUGCUUCAGGAGGUGAGUCUAUUGGUGACUUGCUGACGAGUAAAGAUGAACAAGAAGUCAAAAAGCUGAAACUGAGUAAAGAGAAAAACACAAUUUCUGAUGAUCAAGUCCAGGGAAGUAAAGAAGCAAACCUACCAGGAAUUCCUGCAGGACCAACUAAGGUUUGUUAAAAAGUAAAAAAAAAAGAGGUUGAUGUGUCCUAAGUGUAGGUUUGGGCCAAUUUUUCUUUUAUCCAGCUGAAUUUUUGUUUUUGAUUAGGGCUGCGAAACAAAGCAGAUUGAAAGUCAACCUACUAGGGUAAAACCAUAUUAACCUGACCUACAGCAUACAGAUUUCUCAAGUGCUAAAUGUAUGCAAAUUACAUGUACAACACCAACAACAAAAACAACAACAACAACAACAACAACAAUAAUCUUUACUUUCCUUUUUCUAAGUUCAAAUCUUCAACUUAAAAAAUGAUAGUCUUUGGUAUUGGCCUGUCAGUUUAUAUCGAACCCCAGGUGGAUUUCACUGUUAAUAGGUGGAACAUUUUCAGUCAGACAUUGUCUAAUGACUGACUAUUAUAUGCAGCUUUCUUUUUAAAACUGUUCAGGUGUCAAAAGGUUGGAUCUUGGAUUUUGUUCUGAACUUUAAAAGAGGGAACUUUAAAUGGUCCUUGAAAUUACUUCCACAACACAGCCCAUGAAAUAAUCAUCACUGUGUCUUCAGGUCCUAAUAUCAGAAGAGAAGAAGGAGAGAAAACAUAAUGUCCAGCCUGGUGAUCAAGAUCCAGAAAAAGUAAUUUAUUAACUUGUUGGUUCUGGUUGUGUAGCAAAUAUAUAUAUUGGAUGUACCUCCUUAAUGUAUAAUAGAGAUAAAGAGACUCCUAUAAUUAUGACUUAUUUUACAUUCUUUUUCAAAAGACAAAUUAUUAUUUUUGAGUUUAAAAUGAUUAAUGUUCAAACGUUAUAAUUAUAAUACACUGCUGUAUCAGCAUUUUACAUUCUUGAGCUGAAUAUGUGAGAUUGUAGACCUUUCUGAUACAACAUGCUGCAAAUAAUGUCCUGUCCCUUACUGGCAGCCCUGCAAUCUUCUCAUUAAGGAUUUACAAACUAAAUACAGUUGAUCCUCCGUUAACUUAAGCAGCCACCCUUGAGGUACUGGCAAGUGGUUGGCCACUCAAUAGAGGUUCGUCAUUCUUUCAAUAGAACUCUGGUUGAGAUGGCCAAAAGGUGGCUGCAGCCACUUGAUAGAGAUGGCUACUUAAUAAAGGAUUCAUUUCCUUUCUUUUCUACAAUUUUUUAUUAUUUCGGGACUUAGGUUACUAGCUGCUUAAUAGAGGGUGGCUGCCUAAUAACUGUAGGUGGCACUUAAUGUAAUAGAGAUUCCGACGACUGUAUAAAGAUUUUCUGAAAGUCUUGUUGUCUUCAAGACAGGAGCUAUUUCAUGUUGCUUUUUUUAAUUCCUUGUAUAAAACACUCUCUUAGUCUAUACUGGUAAGUUUGUUACGUCAUCUUAUUACACUGUGGUUUAGUUAUUCUAGCUGUUUGAGUUUAUUACACAUUUGUCCAGCAGAGAGAGAUCGCUUUUAGUGGUGGAGAUUGAAGUGGGUGAAGUUUGUUUCCAAUCAUUCUUUGUCUGUGAUUUUUUUCCUCACUAUUUUGCCAGACUAAAGAGGAUUCUGAGGAGGAAGAAGUAGAGGAAGUGGUCUACAAAGAUUCGAGCCAUUUUUUGAAGGUAUUC